AUGGGGCUCUCAGAUAAUGAUGUGCAGAAGCAACUACGACAUAUGAUCGCAUUCAUUGAGCAAGAAGCGAUUGAAAAAGCAGAAGAAGUUGACGCAAAAGCGGAAGAGGAAUUUAAUAUUGAAAAGGGCCGCCUUGUUCAACAACAGCGAACAAAGAUUUUGGAGUACUAUGACAAGAAAGAGAAGCAGGUGGAACUGCAAAGAAAAAUUCAGAGUUCGAACAUGCUCAAUCAGGGACGCCUAAAGUGCUUAAAAGCACGCGAAGAUCAUCUGAAUAAAGUUAUUGAAGAGGCGCGCUUGAAUUUAAGUCGAAUUUCUGGGGACUCCACUAAAUAUCCAUCAAUCUUAAAAGGCUUAAUUCUGCAGGCAUUAUUCCAAUUGUUGGAAACAGAAGUUACAUUACGCUGCCGCAAAAAAGAUGAACUAUCAGUGCAAAAACUUUUGCCGGAAUGUCUCGACGAACUUGAGCAACAGUGGGGUGAACGCACAAAGGUGAGAAUUGACACGAGCGAAUAUUUGCCGGAUGAAAGUGCUGGUGGAGUAGAACUUUCAGCGAAAAAUGGUAAGAUAAAAGUUUCGUCGACAUUGGAAUCUCGUCUAGAAUUGAUUGCUGCUCAGAUUAUACCUCAAAUUCGUGUAGCUUUGUUUGGUGAGAAUCCAAAUAGAAGAUUCUUUGACUGA